GAAUUUCCUUAAAACUGUUGCCGCCCGCUCAAUUAAAAGUCAUGACAAACCUCAUACUCAAGCCAUUUGGAGAGACCGGCCGAGGCCUGGGCUGUGUGGCGUUAGCGACCAACGUGUUUUUGUAAUGCCUUCGGGUUUAUCCGGCGAUCCCUUGAGGCUUGAGGAAGUCUUUCGUGUCGAAACAAGUAUAUGGACAGAUCAGACUGGACCUGUAUUGUUAUCUUGAAGCUCAUAAGAGGGACUAUAAAUUACAUGGCAUUUUAUCUCUAGAGGCAGUAGGUGUGUUUUAAAGGCAGCAGGUGGUUGAGGACUACAUCAUUUUUAAGAGAAGAUUCAGAUUUGAAGAGGAAAUACAUAGAUUUUUUUUUUAAUUGUUUCUUGACAGAAAUGAACUGGACAAAGGGAAACUGUCAGUUAUCAACAACACAGUGAACCCUGAAGUAACCUUUGAACCACACUUUCAGUCCUGAACAGGAUACAUUAGUGACCCAUUCAGUUUCUUUUUAAGCCAGAGACACUUUUCACUGUGUGAGGCACAGGUGAAGACAUCUCCAUCCUCCCACUGACAGAUUCCUGACCACAGCAGCCAUGGGUGAAUGGGGCUUCCUUGGGAGCGUCUUCGACAACCUCCAGGCUCACUCUCCGAUGCUCGGACGCUUCUGGCUCUUCCUCAUGCUCGUGUUUCGGAUCCUGAUCCUGGGGACUGUGGCCAGCGACCUGUUUGAGGACGAACAAACGGAGUUUUCCUGCAACACCCUCCAGCCGGGCUGUAAGCAGGUCUGCUACGACAAGGCCUUCCCUAUCUCCCAGUACAGAUUUUGGGUGUUUCACAUAGUUCUGAUUGCUACGCCGUCCAUAGUUUUCCUCAUGUACGCCACACAUCAUAAUAACAAAAAAGCCUCUCGGCCCAAGUCGAAGCGCAGCAGCUUUCAGAACUACGUAGAUGACCGGCGUUUGAGGAGGCUGUACAUCGUAAAUGUCAUCUUUCGAAUCAUAGCGGAGGUGGGCUUCUUGGUGGGCCAGUGCAAGCUGUACAGCUUUGAGGUGCCAGCCCAGUACCCCUGUGAUCGCUUUCCUUGCCCCUACACCGUUGACUGCUUCACCUCCCGCCCUAUGGAGAAAACGAUCUUCCUCUACUUCUACUUUGGCGUAGGGGUCCUAUCUGCCUUUUCUAGCAUUGUGGAGCUGUUCUACAGCUCCAUAAAGUGGUUCUGCUGCAACCAGGAAGACUUUGAUCUGGAAGACAGCGCUUGCGAGAAUCUCCGGAACUUCAGGCAAGAUGAGUCGGGCAAGAAGAUGACGCCAGACAGUGCAUCCGGCAGCAGCGUGCCUCUAAAAAAAGGAUUGGUGAGAAGCAGCAAGACGAUCUCCACUAAGGGCAAGAGAGGAAAAUAUGUGAGCACCAGGAUGUGCAUGGUUUGACAGGCUGUUUUUUUUGUUUUGUUUUCUUUCUAAUGGUGUACAUCAUUUCAUCUUAAAAUGCCAUGUAUGUAUGUGUGAUGGGACAUCCCAGGGAGACAUCCCUUAUUAUGUCUCCCUGAUGGGAGACAUAAUAAGGAAGUCCUUGGAGCGAGGUCAGGAAAUGAGUCUAAAGACGAGGCUUGGUUGACCUGCCGGGAUUAUGAAUCACGCCCGAGUCUAAACACUUGAGAGAGAAAAAUCUGAAAGCAAGGCCCUUGUUAGACAUGUUUUGCUCUUCCUUGGUUGCUGCAGAGCUCACUCUGACACUCCCAUUUUAGUGAAAAAAAUCCACCCUCAAGUGUGAUUUUAUGAAGUGUUUCUAUCAUCAUUGAAAGUGUCUGAAAAGAAACGUUUUCCAAGACAAAAUAGAAAAAAUGUUGACAUCAGAAGAAUAUGCUUUUUUUUUCCUUUUUCCCCACCAGGGGGUCUUUUUUGUGGGCUCUAGUGUCCCUUAUAUGACAGUAGGCUGACAGGAAAGGGGGAGGAAGAGGAGGGAAGACAUGCGGCAAAUGUCAGCCAGGUCUGGGAAUCAAACCCGCGGCGGCUGCGUCGAGGACUAAGGGACUCCAAGUGUGGGUUGCGCUAACCCGUACGCCACCACAGCACGUCCUCUUAUUUUGUUUUUUAAUGAGUUAGCUGCUAAGCUUAAGCUUUGCUAAAUUUGAGCCAACUCAAAAGCAAUGCUACAUUUGAAUUUUUGUGAAAGUGUUCUACCUACUGACGAGUUAGUUUUUUGUUGUUGUUUUUUUGUUGGUUAUAUGUCAGACAGCUCCUUCUGAAAGAAUUUUUCAGUUUGCUACUUGGAAAUAAAAGUUAAAAAUGUAGUUUACGCCUGAUACUAGCUUAAAUUUGUUUGGUGUGGUUGGAAUUUGAAAAUAAAAAGUUUGAGUUUUAUAAAACAGUAUUAUUGUCAACAUUAUACUUUAAAUCCAUAGUAAACAUAAAUGUGAUUUGUUUUGGAAAUAUCAUCAGGGCCUGCAUGCACUAUCAAAAUGUCUACCAUUUACAACCUAACUUAUUUUUUGUUCAAUUAAAUAGUAUUAAUUUAC